UCAGCCAUUGUGGAAGUGAUUGAUUCGUCCAUUGGCCUGAGUGCCGACGAGGGGAUAUGCGGGUUUUCGUCAAUGAUCGGUUCUGUGUUGAUCUGAGUGAUGCAGCGAUAGGUAGGGGUGCUUUCAGUGAGGUCCGCCGAGGACUAGACGUUCUUACGGGCGAAGCGGUGGCAAUUAAAACCUACAUGGCAACAUGUGAGAAGGCUCUGGAUUAUUUUACUCGUGAAGUCCGGGUGCUUGAUAUGCUCAAGAGAGGUCCCCAAGAAAGUCAUAUUUCUAUUCCUGAAUGGAUUGAUGAUACUCGAGAAGGCGGCAUGUUUAUCCGACUGCUCUCUUGUACAACAACAGAAGCUGGAACGCCGGGGCCUGACAGUCACGGCAACCUGAUGAUAGUCAUGGAGAUGGGCAUUGAGACUCUCGACACUUACGUCCGCACCAAGCGAGCCGAGUCGCCUGGUAACUACCACUUCGACACUGACGAGUUGGGAGAGAUCGUAGUCAGACUCAUCGACAUUGUAGAAGCCCUUCACUCUAUUGAUAUGGUGCAUCUCGAUCUCAAGGCUGACAAUAUAAUGCGAAUGCGUGACGGGCAGUGGAAACUGAUAGACCUAGGUGGUCUCAUGCUGGAGGGCUCAGUAGUAUCGCCAGCCAAUGGUGGAUCGAUAACAUUCACUCCAGUGUACGCCUCUCCCGAACUUGGCAGGCCGAUGGCCGCAUAUUUGUCUGGUGUAAAUGAUGCUGAUGAUGAGCGACAAGUCAUCAGAGUCUCCAAGUCUAUGGAUGUGUGGGCGUUGGGAAUUUUGAUUUCCAAGAUCGUUCUCGUGAUCGAUACAGUAAUCAUAGAGCAACACUAA